AUGCCCAAGGAAAAAUAUGAUCCGCCUGACCCAAGGCGGAUGUAUACGAUAAUGUCCACUGAGGAGGCGGCAAAUGGGAAGAAGUCAUAUUGGGCAGAGUUGGAGAUUGUUGGGAAAGUGAGAAGUUUGAGUACAUCAUUAUGGUCCCUUACCCACCUCACUGCUCUUCAUAUCAGUGAUAACUCGCUUUCGCGAAUCCCACCCGACAUUGCCAAACUACACAAUUUGGUGUACCUGGACCUCUCAUCCAAUAAGAUCAGGAGCCUGCCUGCUGAGCUAGGCAACAUGGUAUCUCUCAGGGAACUGCUUUUAAAUAACAACCAGUUACGAGUUCUGCCUUUUGAGCUUGGAAAACUCUUUCAGUUACAAACGUUGGGUUUGAAAGGAAACCCUCUUGCACAAGAAAUCUUGAACCUCUACCAAGAGCCUGAUGGGACACGCCGGCUCCUCAACUACCUGCUGGACAAUCUUGCAGGCACCAAACGUGUAUCUAUAGACCAGCCACCAUCUCGCUCAUGGAUACAACUGCAGGAUACAGACAGAACACGGCCAGCAGCGCUUUUCUCUGUAAUGUGCUACAACGUGCUGUGUGAUAAGUACGCCACACGUCAGCUCUAUGGCUACUGUCCCUCCUGGGCCCUCAACUGGGAGUACAGGAAGAAGUCCAUCAUGCAAGAGAUCCUCAACUGUGGUGCGGACAUCAUCAGCCUACAGGAAGUGGAGACAGAGCAGUACUACAACUUCUUUUUGGUGGAGCUGAAGGAACAGGGUUAUGAUGGAUUCUUCAGCCCCAAGUCCCGAGCCAGGACUAUGUCUGAAUCGGACCGCAAACAUGUGGACGGCUGUGCCGUUUUCUACAAAACGGAUAAGUUCAGUCUGGUACAGAAACACACAGUGGAGUUCAACCAGCUGGCUAUGGCAAACUCCGAGGGUUCAGAGGCCAUGUUGAACAGGGUGAUGACCAAGGACAACAUCGGAGUGGCUGUACUACUAGAGCUGCAGAAAGAGGUCAUUGAGCAGUCUGCUGGAAAGUCUCUACAUGGCAUGGAGAAACAGCUCCUCCUGGUGGCCAAUGCUCAUAUGCACUGGGACCCCGAGUACUCGGAUGUGAAGCUUGUCCAGACUAUGAUGUUCCUGUCGGAAGUGAAGAACAUUGUGGAUAAGGCCACUCGCAGUCUGAAGCUCUCCUCAGUUUCUGGGGAACCCAAUGCCAUCCCUCUCGUCCUGUGCGCUGACCUCAACUCUCUACCUGACUCGGGUGUCGUGGAGUACCUGAGCACAGGUGGUGUGGACGGCACACACAAGGACUUCAAAGAGCUGCGAUACAUUGACAGCUUGACCAACUUCAACUGCAACGGCAAGAACGGCACCUCCAGCACCAGGAUCACGCACGGCUUCAAGCUGAAGAGUGCCUACGAGAACGGCCUGAUGCCUUACACCAACUACACCUUUGACUUUAAGGGCAUCAUUGACUACAUCUUCUACUCUCAACCUUUGCUCAAUGUGCUGGGCGUACUGGGUCCCCUGGACCCCCACUGGCUCCACGAGAACAGUAUCACUGGCUGCCCCCAUCCCCACAUCCCCUCGGAUCACUUCUCCCUGUUUGCACAACUGGAGCUGCUCCUGCCCUACCCGCCUGCGGUCAACGGCAUUCAUCUGCCUGGUCGCAGGUAGUUCUCCGAGCCAGCAGGGGGAGCUCCGGCCCUUUUUAGGCAAGGGCUGUUGUGUGUAAAUCUGAAUCUCUUAUGAGGAGAUGGGGUAUGGCAAACUUUUAUUCCCAUGGAUUUUAACUGAAGCAGACACUUUUGUCAGUCUUAUCUAUACCACCUCCCACCCACUUUUCAUUUCGUUUAAUUUUCUCCCUCUGUUUCUGGGCACAAGUUACCAUUCUGUACUUUUCUUUUUUUUCAAAACCCUAAGGGCCCCAAGUGAUCAUGUAAGUUUUACCUUAAGACAGGAAAAAAACAGAUUGUUUUAUAUAAAUAACUAAAUGGCAAUAUCUUUGAAACAUGCAGGGAGUCCAGCUCAAACGAAAAAUCAUGAAAUGCAUAAUUUGGAUCAUGUUAUUGAGGCCAGUUUAGAGCGAGCAGCUGAAUUUGAAGACGGAAAAAAAACAAAUUUCACCAGCUUAAGACAGAGAGUACGGUCUCCAGGAGCAACCCUUUAAAAAAGGGCUUUUAAUGUGUAAAGAGCGGGGCCGAACUCUCACGUUUGCACUCAAUGGUGCUGAGGCCUCUCCACGGAUCCUCGCGCUCUAGCUGUACACCAGUGACCGGUUUGCGUGGCCCACGUCUCAUUAUUUAGUCUGUUGGAUGCCAGAGCAAUUGGUGUUCGUUUUUUUUUUUUUUUUUUUUUUUUUUUUUUUAAGAACGAGCUGAAAAUGGCCUAGUUAUGAAGUUGUGCCAUAGAGCCCUCCUUGAGCUGAGGUGCCCGCAGAUCUGGUGCGUACAGCCGAGCAAGAGUUUAAAUGAAGGGAUGUCAUCUGGAAAGGGCCAGCUGUGUUUUAGCAAACGCCACUGACCGUAGCCUUUGCACUUGAUCAUGUUAAGAUGAAGAGAAUAUGCUAGAAAAUGACAUCUCACUCAUAGACGGAUAAAUUAAACCCUCAAUGUCACCAGUAGACGCUUCGCCCAGCCAAGACUCCAGUUCACUCCUAAUCUUUUUUGUUUCUUUCUCUCUACAUGAUUGUAUACAAGCAACAAAUGUCCUGAUCUACUGCAUCUAUUUUUUUUUCUUUGUACGUACACUUUUUAGAUUUGGAUGAAAAUGAUUGUAUUGUAAAUGAAAGCGAAAUUUCUAUCAGUUUUAAAUGUUCGUCCUAAUGAACAUUCAAAAGACCAGCGUGUGUAAAAUAAUUUUUUUCAGGUAUCUGCUGUGUAAAGUUGCACUUGUCCAGGUUCCCAUUUUUACCCAGUGUACCAGUUUUUUUUUUUUUAAUUAUUAUUUUGGAUGUGAUCCUCUGAGGCAGAUAUCUGGUGAUGUGGUCCUGUUACCCACUUUGAUAUUCAAGAACACCUGACAUUGUGCCUCACUGAUUCGUUUCUCUAAGCGCACUGCCAGUGCUAUCAGUGAACACCUGAAGAGCCUCAAUCUACUUAUACAAUAUCCUCAUUUGGUUUUGUUUUUUUCGGGUGUCUAUAAUGUCGAGUAAAGUGAGUGUUUCUGCUGUGCCGAUCCGGGCUCGUGAUCAUUCUCAUGAUCCACCAUUCCUCAAUUUUUUUUUCCUCCAGUUUGCAUCCUCUAUUUACUGCCACUUCCUCCCUCUCGACUCAGGCAAUUCACUUUAACCGUAUAUUUUCGCUUGUGUAUUUCUCUAUUCGUUCGGAUCUCGUUCUGUAUUUCACUUCCUGCUAGACCAUGGUUAUCUCCUCGUGUCGUGCCAUCCAAUGCAUUCUGCCACAAGGCCAAGUGUAAAGCUCGAUUUACUACUGUAAAGCCUGUUCUCUGAACUGACGAAGACGUUUGUGGUGUGUUUUUGUCGGUUUUCUGCUCUAAAUCUAAGGCCAGAGUACCAUUCCUGUAGUGCGGGUCUGACUUUUAACUUCGUCUACGGUGGCAUUGGCGUCGUUUUCUUGCUGCGUGCUCUCAAAGCCAAUUUGUUUUCGUUUCCCCCCCCUCCCUCUCGAAUUUGUCAUGUUUUAAAAAAAUCGAAUGGAAUGACAAGCACUUAUUGUAGAUCACUGGUGCAGCUACUCAUUGCUUUUUUUAAAAAAAAGAAAUACAAAUGUAAACCUACUUUUGCCAUGAGGCAGAAGUCAAUUUUAAUGACUUUUAUCAAGCAAGAGUAAGUAGAUGAACUGGGGAGGACCAUCUUAUAGUUCCCCUCUUGGUGUCCCUUUUUAUUCCUCAUCUGUCCGUUUUGGUUUUCUUCUGGUUGUUUUUAAUUGGAAGCAACUUGUCUGGUUAUAUUGGAUUGCUGAUGGUGUUGUAGUAAAAAGAUUUUUGUAAAGUGUGAAUAAAUAAUGUAUCACGUUUCCUUUCUUUGACAUGAAUUGUGUUGAUGUGUGUGUAUAUCUAAUAGUUUUUGUCAUUUUGCUUUUGUUUUGUAAUACUCAAAACCAAAUUUUUUGUAAAAAUGUUGGCACACUGAAUUAUAGAUUUAUAUUGUUGCUAACCUUCACUUCAAGAAACUUUUGAGAAAAAGACACGUCAAUGAAAUGGUAAAGUCACGGAGAAAUAAAGAGCUGUCAUUUUGUCACCAAACGAUUUCAACUUUGACCCUGAUCUUUGUGGCAUUUCACCUGGUUUGAGUGCCAGUUUAAAUGUGUUUGGGUGGUGGCGAGAAUAGCACUCUCUCUCUUUCUAUCGGUCUCUUUCUCGUUGAAUUUUUUUAGCUGUUUUCUUGCUACCGCUCUCCAGGAGAAAGUGAGGUUGAGUAGAAUGGGACUUUUAUUUUUGUUUGUUUUACGAGUGUUCUUGCUCUCCUUCCUUGUGUUCUGUGCACAACUCGGUGUCACUGAUCUAUGAAAAAGUCACUUCUAAUAAAUUGCGCAUGUAUAGAUAUUGUUGCCAUCACCAUAUUGUUCAGCCGUUUUUGUUUCCUUUGGGUCAAAGACGAUGGUUUCAGGUGGUGUCUUGUGCACGACAAGCAAAAACAGCAUCAUGCUAAUCACGUCAACGUGGCAAUAAUUGCUUGCAUCCAUCCUCCCCUUUUUCUGAUCCACUUGAGCAGAUGUUUCUGGCUUCACCUUUUAAUUUCCUUUUCCUGUUUCAUAGUCGACUUUUCUCUGUCGGUAGGGGUAGUAGUUCAAUGGUCAGGAUUGUGGUUGAAUCAGCUGAGAGUCAAUAAGUAUUUAGGUAAUGUCACUAUAUAAUGCACUGGACCAACUCUUGUUUACCAUUUAUGGAAUACCAGCAUAACACUUGCACAAUGUUUCAAAUAAGAAUGUUGCAUAUAUAUAUAUAUAUAAAUACAUAUAUGGUAAAAGAUUAUAGAUAUUUAAUAAAAGAAAAUCAAAUAAUGGCAGCUGUUUUUAAUUCAAUAUUAAGUGUUGGGGAUAAAAACCUAAUGGUAAACAAGCGUUUUGGAUUUCACUGUUUCUCCAGUUCUCUUGGUUCUCUGAGUAGUGAUGUGUUUAUAACAGGGUCAGCUUGUUUCCUUUACACCUAUGUAUUUUUUUCCUACUCAUGGUUAAAUAAAUUCUAUAUCUGUUUCA